AUGAUUCUCGAUCUAUUCGAUUUAAGCCUCGAACUUUCCAAUUUCAUGAUGCUUGGUUUGCGGAGUCCAUUCGUUGUCGACUAUGCACGUGGAUAUUGGUUUUUUGAUUCCUCAUUCAGAUACAAAGUUAUGGCAGGAUUGGGGCCUGAAGGAUCACAAUUUGAUACUCGUCAAUUUGAUGCGAAGAUGAGUGAAUUGCUCCAAGUUGAUGGACAAGAAUUCUUCACAUCAUAUGAUGAGGUCUAUGAAAGUUUCGAUGCUAUGGGCCUUCAGGAGAAUCUCCUCAGAGGAAUUUAUGCUUAUGGUUUCGAGAAGCCCUCUGCAAUACAACAAAGAGGCAUUGUACCAUUCUGCAAGGGACUUGAUGUUAUUCAGCAGGCUCAAUCUGGAACUGGAAAAACAGCUACUUUCUGCUCUGGCAUCUUGCAGCAGCUUGAUUAUGAUUUGACGCAAUGUCAGGCGUUGGUGUUAGCACCAACUAGAGAACUUGCACAACAGAUUGAAAAGGUUAUGCGAGCACUUGGCGACUACCUUGGUGUUAAGGUUCAUGCCUGCGUAGGUGGAACCAGCGUUCGCGAGGAUCAGCGUAUUCUUUCAGCCGGUGUUCAUGUUGUGGUUGGCACCCCUGGUCGUGUGUUUGACAUGUUGCGAAGACAGUCACUUCGCUCUGAUUACAUCAAAAUGUUUGUACUUGAUGAGGCAGAUGAAAUGCUAUCACGAGGUUUUAAGGAUCAGAUAUAUGACAUUUUCCAGCUGCUGCCAUCGAAAGUUCAAGUUGGUGUAUUCUCAGCCACAAUGCCACCUGAAGCCCUUGAAAUCACUAGGAAGUUUAUGAACAAACCUGUGAGAAUAUUGGUGAAGCGAGAUGAGCUAACUCUCGAGGGUAUUAAGCAGUUUUAUGUUAAUGUCGAUAAGGAAGACUGGAAACUUGAAACCCUAUGUGAUCUAUACGAGACUCUAGCCAUCACUCAGAGUGUCAUUUUCGUAAAUACCAGGCGCAAGGUCGACUGGCUCACUGAUAAGAUGCGAAGCCGUGACCACACUGUCUCAGCUACUCAUGGAGACAUGGAUCAGAAUACUCGAGACAUUAUUAUGCGCGAAUUCCGCUCUGGGUCAUCUCGGGUUCUUAUUACCACUGAUCUCUUGGCUCGUGGUAUUGAUGUCCAACAAGUUUCUCUUGUGAUAAACUAUGAUCUUCCAACUCAGCCUGAAAAUUAUCUACAUCGAAUUGGAAGAAGUGGUAGGUUUGGAAGAAAAGGAGUUGCCAUAAACUUCACGACAAAGGAUGACGAGAAAAUGCUCUUCGAUAUACAGAGGUUUUACAAUGUGACAAUAGAAGAACUUCCAUCAAAUGUUGCUGAUCUUCUUUGA